UGCCUGAAUAUAAUCUUUUCUGGAAAACGUAAAAAUAAUUCGGAGAAUAUUUGGGUAAAUAAGGUCUGACUUAGCUGAUUAGCUAGCUAGGUUAACAAUAACAAGUUGGCCAAGAUCUUCACACAGUAACGUUAUGGGGGUUCAGCUGAGCUCGUAAUAACUUUGCAUGAAAAUGCCAAUCGACAAUAGUGAUAACCAAGACCCUCCAGUUCUAUCCAGUACUGUCAGUGCUCUAACACCAGGAGGCCAAGAGGACAAUGGGAUCAACAGGGGGACCACUGGGCUGUCCAUCCCAGAGAGAGGCCGUGAAGAGCCGACAGCAGCCUGUCCUGAGACUGUUGGGUCAGAGAACUCUAGGAAAUCCCAGCUUCUACUCCAGAUCAACCGUCAGGAGAUCCAGGCAGUUGAUCAGAGUGCUCAGGCUGCUGAGCUCCAGGGCUUAGGAGUGGAUGUCUAUGACCAGGAUGUGCUGGAACAAGGGGUCCUGCAGCAGGUGGACAGAGCCAUCAACGAGGCCAACCAGGCUGCAGCUAAGGCUGAGGCAGGGAAGGAAUAUGAGGCUGUGCUGGAUGAUGUCAGGUCAUGCACAACUGCUCUUAGGCAAAUAAACAAAAUAAUAGAGCAGCUUACUCCUUAUGCUACCUCCAGCAAGGACAUCAGCCGGAAAAUCGAGUCUGUCAAACGGCAAAAGGAAAACAAAGAGAAGCAGUUAAAAAAGAUCAGAGCCAAGCAGAGACGUUUACAAGCCAUUCUUGGGGGGGAGGAUAUCCAGAACUUUGAGGCGGAGUUAUUGACUGAGGAUGAUGAAGAGCCAGGACCAUCGACAAUGGGCAGUAUGCUCAUGCCAGCUCAGGAAACAGAGUGGGAAGAGCUCAUCCGCACAGGUCACAUGACGCCUUUUGGUACCCGGAUCCCUCAGAAGGAAGAGAAGAAGGCACCACGUAAGGUGAUGCUCAGCGAAAACUCUGGCUUCGACAAGUAUCUUGCUGAUCAAGCCGAGAUGGCGGAGAGGAGGAAGAAACCCUCUCUGAAGAAGAAGGCCACCAAGACUCAAUCAGCAGAGACUAAGAAGAAGAAUGGAGCCCUCUCCAAGCAAGAGAAGAAAAUGCAGAAGCGCAUGCGGAAGCUUCAGAGGACUGCCUUAAAGGCUCACCCCAAAGCCAGGCCUAAGGUGGAGAACGAGUUUCCCCAGGCCAAGAAGAAGAGACACAGGGAAGGGGAUUCAGACAGUGAGGGGUCUGAGUAUGUGCCUAGUGAUGAGCUGAUGGACCCUGAUGAACCAGAGCCAGAUGAUGAGUUCUGGGUUGAUGAAAAUGAGGAGUAUGAACUUAAGCCAUAUAGGAAGAAGAGUGAGGCCAAACUCAGAAAGCCAAGGAAAGGAGAUGAGAGUGACGAAUACCUCCCCAGCAGCUCAGAUGAGGAUGAGGACUCUGGGAGAAAAGGCAAGGUGAAGAAAUACAAAGACGAUGGCGAUAUUGAAUACUACAGGCAAAGGAUUAGGAAGUGGAAGAGGCACCGACUCCAGAAGAAAGAGCGGAAGAGACAAGCAGGAGAGGACGAGUCUGAAGAGAGCGACGCUGAGUUUGAUGAAGGUUUUAAGAUGCCAGGCUUUCUCUGGAAGAAACUCUUCAAGUAUCAGCAGACAGGUGUCAGGUGGAUGUGGGAACUGCACUGCCAGCAGGCAGGAGGCAUUCUGGGAGAUGAGAUGGGCCUUGGCAAGACCAUCCAGGUAAUUGCCUUCCUGGCAGGCCUGAGCUACAGCAAGCUGAGGACACGCGGCUCCAAUUACAGGUAUGCAGGGUUAGGACCUACUGUCAUUGUCUGCCCAGCCACAGUUAUGCAUCAGUGGGUGAAAGAGUUCCAUACCUGGUGGCCUCCUUUCCGUGUGGCAGUUCUCCAUGAAACAGGCUCCUUUAGUAACAAGAGGGAAAAGCUCAUCCCAGAGAUAGCCGCCAGCCACGGCAUCCUCAUCACUUCGUACUCAUACGUGCGCAUCAUGCAGGAUUAUAUCCAGAGAUAUGACUGGCAUUAUGUCAUACUGGAUGAAGGCCACAAGAUCAGGAACCCCAAUGCUGGAGUCACAGUUGCAUGCAAGCAGUUCCGGACCCCUCAUCGUUUCAUCCUCUCUGGCUCACCCAUGCAAAAUAACCUGAAAGAGCUGUGGUCCCUCUUUGACUUUGUGUUUCCAGGGAAACUGGGCACUCUCCCUGUCUUCAUGGAACAGUUCUCAGUGCCUAUCACCAUGGGAGGAUAUUCCAAUGCCUCUCCAGUGCAGGUGCAAACAGCUUAUAAGUGUGCCUGUGUCCUGCGUGACAGCAUCAACCCAUACCUGCUGAGGAGGAUGAAAGCUGACGUAAAGGCUAAUCUCUCGUUACCAGACAAAAACGAGCAGGUGCUUUUUUGCAGAUUAACUGAAGAACAACGGAAGGUCUAUCAGGACUUUUUGGAUUCCAAGGAAGUCUAUCAGAUUCUGAAUGGAGAUAUGCAGGUUUUCUCUGGCCUGAUAGCCCUAAGGAAGAUUUGUAACCACCCUGACCUGUUCACUGGCGGGCCGCGGCUGCUAAGGGGCAUACCUGAAGAGGAACUGACUGAGGAAGAGCACUUUGGAUACUGGAAACGCUCGGGCAAGCUAAUAGUGGUGGAGUCUCUGCUCAGGCUGUGGUUUAAACAAGGACACAGAGUUCUGCUUUUCACACAGUCCAGACAGAUGCUGGAGAUCCUAGAGGUGUUUGUGAGAGGAAAUGGAUACUCCUACUUCAAAAUGGACGGCACCACCACCAUCGCGUCCAGACAGCCGCUCAUAGCUCAGUACAAUGAGAACAAGGAUAUAUUCAUUUUCCUUCUGACAACCAAAGUCGGUGGAUUAGGUGUCAACCUGACAGGCGCAAACAGAGUCAUCAUCUAUGAUCCAGACUGGAAUCCCAGCACGGACACACAGGCCCGUGAACGUGCCUGGAGGAUAGGACAGACGCAACAAGUGACUGUUUACAGACUACUGACCGCUGGGACUAUAGAAGAGAAGAUUUACCACAGACAGAUCUUCAAGCAGUUUCUCACCAAUCGAGUGCUGAAGGAUCCAAAACAACGGCGGUUUUUCAAGUCCAAUGAUAUUUAUGAGCUUUUUACGCUAAGCAGUCCUGACAGCUCUCAGGGAACUGAGACCAGUGCAAUAUUCGCAGGUACUGGUUCAGAUGUACACAUUCCAAAGAAACAAAAAAUACCUCAUUCUUCUCAGUCAAACCAUCUUCAUAGACAGAUGCCAUCCAAGCCAGAGCAGGCCCAGACAUCCUCAGUGUGUGUAAAAGACCAAAAUACUUCACCUGAGCCAUCAAACAGCGACUCUUUAAAUGUGAAACCAGCAGCAGGCGCCGCUGAGGCCUUAUUAACAACCAGUCCUCAAAAGGAACUUUUUGGUGUAAGCACUCCUCAGAAACGCAGGGAAAAGAAAAAGCACUGUGACAAAACAGACUUGACAAGUUUGCCCUCAGAUAAGCAUAAAGACAAGCAUAAAAAGCGCAAGCACUCUGAGGGCGCCCGGUUCGAGGGGCAUCGUAUUUCUCAUCUGGUGAAGAAGAGGAGAUACAAGAAGGAGGACCAUGAGGUGGAGGAAGAAGAGAAAAAGGAUGAACGCAAGAGUGAUGAUUAUGUUCUUGCCAAACUGUUCAAAAAAUCAGGAAUCCACAGUGUCAUGAAACAUGACACAAUUAUGGAGGCAUCGAACCCAGACUAUGUCCUGGUGGAGGCCGAGGCCAACAGGGUAGCUAAAGAUGCCCUGAGAGCACUGAAAGUGUCUAGGCAACACUGCAGAUUGGCCUUCUCCCGGGGAUCCACACCAGCCACGCCAGCACCUGUCAGAAAAAGAUUUGGACAGAAGAAAAAUCCUCUUCUCGCCCAGCCAUCUGGCACAACACAAGAAACAUCUGAGAAAUGCAAGGAUGCAGCCAUUAUAAAGAAGUCAGGCAUCAAGAAACAAGGAUUGACUGCCCACUUCAGUGGAGAGGGAGUGGAGGAAGAGUCCAUUUCUGCCUCUCUCUCCUCAUCCUCACUGCUGGCUAGAAUGAAGGCCAGAAAUCAUCUUAGCUUACCUCAGGCACAAGAAGAGGAUGAGGAUGAGCAAGCAAGUCAGCCAACUGCCCCUCCUACUGAACACGAUGAGUUACUGGUGGACCUGAGAAAUUUUGUGGCCUUCCAGGCCCAGGUGGAUGGUCAGGCCAGCACUAAAGAGAUCCUGGAGUAUUUCACCCCAAGACUGACCUCUGCACAGACACCAGUGUUCAGAGAACUACUCAGGAACAUCUGUGAGUUUCAUAGGCUUCCUGGACAAGAGGGGAUGUGGAAACUUAAAGCUGACUACAGAUGAAGGGAAUGGGAUGCAUGUACUGUAAUGCAGAGAAUUUAUAAACUGAGAUUGAUUACCGUUCUUGGUAUGCAGUUGGUUGAAUGCAGUUAUUUUUAAUGGAAAGGUUAACAUGUAGUAUGUGUAUAGAUGUAGUGUACAGAUAAAAAGGUGCAGAUAAAUUGUGGUAUUGUUCAGUCGACAUCACUCCUUUAUACGGAAUUGCAAGAUUCCAACUUGAUUACCAACCCUGUAUUUAAAGGUACAUUGUUGAUUUAUUUUUGGUUCUGUUCUUUUGCACAUUGAUUUGUUUUGUGUUAAAUCUGGAAUUUACUUGAUCUCUGUAUGCUCCAUAUGCUCUGUAUAACUGUAAAGAAAUGUCAUUCAGGGAGUCAAUACUAACCUACAACUGUGAUUGUAACUUUUUUUUCUUAGACUUUGAAUAAGUAAUUCAAAUCUGUAUUACCUUUUUGUGUGGUAAGGCAUAUUUAUGUUUUGUAAAGAUGUGUACAAGUAAUACCAUCAUUGCUGUUUACUGACUAAGUAGUUUGUAAACAUUCCAUGGAUUGGUUCCAACAAUAUUCAAGUAUCUACCUGAAAUCUACCACCUGUUUAUGUAAAAGGGUUGACUGGGCUUGGGUUUACAAGCCAAUAGGAAGUCCAUAUACCAGCCAGGUCUUACCUAAUGUAUGCUGAUUGGCUGUUGGAUAUUUUGUAGAACAUGGAAAAUGUAAUGCUAUCUUCUUAAUAUUGUAAGAUUAUCUUGUCUUCUGUUCUUCUAAAUGCAUACACUAAAUUUUUUUGUAUAAUUUCCUUAUCUGUCAGAUAAAAACCUCUCAUCUACAAAAUGCUAUUUUUACAACAGAAAGAGAAACAUUCGUAAAGUUUAACGCAAGUUAAUACGAAUAGAUUUCUGAUUCAAUUUUGAAGCGUUUCUGUUGGUUGAUUUAUCUUGUAAUGUUCACUCAGUGUAAAGGACAGCCAACUUUUUCAUAGUAAGAACGUGAGAAAGGACAAAAAUUGAGACUAACAGCAACAGAACACUUUUUCUUCAUGUGAACAUUACUCAGUUAUGGUUCUUAAAGACUGAGAUGUUGAUUUCACCAUGAUACCAGAUAUGACUGGCCAUAGAAUGUGUGUGACUUGCUGUUUGUCUGUUAUGAGUGACUGUCUCAUGCGGGUUAUGUCAUACUCCAUACCAUUCUCAAGUUUUAUGAAAUCCUUGUGAAAAAUUAAAUUAAUGCUGUGUAAUCUC